AUGGCUGCUCCUCGGGCGCGACUGCUGUUGUUACAUUUCCUUUUUCUCUCAGCUCUUCUCACCUUUUUCCACGGGCCAUCUCAAGCGGAUUUAUUAAAAGCCGCCAGAGAUCCCCUUCAUUCCGUUCCAGCAGCCGUUGAUACUGACACCCCUCACCCAUCUGAUGGCGUUGCGACUAGCACCGCGUCCGCCCCACCACCUGCUCCCUCCGCCCGCGCUGCCGCUCCAUCCGCUAAGCCUAGCUCGGCGUGGGAGCGCGCGGUAGCAGCGCUGAAGCCCGCGAUGUACGGCGCGGUGGCCGCCAUGUCCGUCGGCGCGGAGAGCGAUGUGCCCACUGAUGCGCUCCGCCCGCUGCUGGCGCCCGACGUGGUCGUCACGGCCAAGGUCCGCCUGCUCAACGCGGCGAAUCUUACCUCCUCCGGGAUAGUUUGGCAAGGGCUGACCUGUCCUUCGGAAGGCACGCUGAAGCCGCCCUCUCCGACCGCCGCGCUGCUUUACCUGCGGUUCGAGCAGCGUGCCGAUUCGCAGAACUCGGCGACGCCUCUGACGUCGCGCACGUGGCCUUUCGCCGACUCGGCGCAGCCGUCGCCCGUCUACGCCGCUCCGCUCGCGUUCCUCUCGCCCAUCGUCUCCUUCCGCCUCUACCCCGGCACUCCCGUGGGACCAGCGGCGCAGCAGAAAGAACUCAGCCUGGUGGGGCUGGGAGGGAGCACCCGCAGAGUCAACGGGUUCCGCCUUUCCGCCUACGCGGAAGCCGCGUCGGAAAGCGGAAGACCAGCGGGCGGAUCCGCGGGGCAGGCGAGCGGAACACGGGGAUCCGCGGGCAGGGGGGACUCGACGAGCGGGGAAUUCGUGGACACGCGCAUUCAUUGGAGCUCCCCGGACGAGGGGUGGGUGGGCGGCAACAGCAGCGGGUUCAGUUCUGAGGAGGAGUUCGAGGCGCGGUCGAGCGACGCGGGGCUGCGCACCGCGAUGAGCCGCGAUAUGCAGCUGCUGAUUAUGUCGAACUCCAACAACCACUACACCGUGCUGGGCGUGUCACCCCUGGCGGACACGGACGACGUGAAGGCGGCGUACCGGCGGCUGUCGAAGCGGUUCCACCCCGACACGACGCGGCUGCCGCUGGCGCUGGCGGAGCAGCAGUUUGUGCGGCUGAACCAGGCGUACGAGGUGCUCUCCAGCUCCGAGGACCGCCGCCUCUACGACUGGAAGCUAGCUCAAGAGGCAUCUGAUGCGCGUGGCGGGCGGUUUGUGUGGCCGUAUGAGGUGGACCGCACUCAGAGAGGAAUGGGCUCGCGGGACCCUCCCUCUCCUGUGGGCAGGAGAGGCCCUGGGGAGGAUGAGAAUGACGUUCCACUUUCAGAUGGCUCGAUCAUGGCGCUUGCAUUCGAUGCAUUUGCUGUGCUGAUUGCGGUUGCUUGUAUUUGUUAUGCAGCCUUUUUCAAGGGGAACUGA